GAGCGGUUGUUACUUUCACCGUAUGUGGAGCAUACUGAGGGUGGCACAAGCUCCAAAACGUCUGCCUCUUUCAAUUUCAUUAACUCCAUCAUUGGAUCCGGACUUAUUGGCCUGCCAUUCUCAAUGGCUCAGGCCGGCCUACCUCUGGGACUGCUGCUGCUUUUUCUGGUUGCGUUCAUUACAGACUACUCAAUCAUCUUGUUAAUAAAAGCGGGAAACUUAUCGGGGACACAGAGUUACCAGUCUCUUGUACGCAGCACUUUCGGCUUUGUUGGAUAUCUCAUUUUGUCAGUCCUGCAGUUCUUCUAUCCAUUCAUCGCAAUGAUAAGUUACAACAUCAUCACUGGAGAUACUAUGUCCAAAGUGUUUCAGAGAAUACCAGGAGUUGGUCCUGAUCAUAUUCUGGCAGAGAGGCACUUUGUUAUUUUGGCUUCUACCAUCCUCUUCACAAUGCCUCUCUCACUGUACAGAGAUAUGGCUAAGCUGGGAAAGGUCUCAUUAGUAUCCAUGCUGUUAACUCUGUCCAUCAUUGUCAUAGUAGCUGUGAGGGCUGUAACACUGGGACCACAAAUCCCUCCCUCUAAGGAUGCAUGGGUGUUUGCACAGUGGAACGCAAUUCAAGCAGUUGGUGUCAUGUCUUUUGCCUUUAUCUGCCACCACAACACCUUCAUGAUUUAUGGGUCGCUCAAGGAGCCCACUAUAAGUAAUUGGUCCCGGAUCACACAUGUGUCUGUGGGCUCAGCUGCUCUAGUCAGUGCGUUGUUUGCUGCUACUGGCUAUGCUACUUUCACUGGGUACACACAAGGUGAUAUUUUUGAGAACUUCUGCAAUUAUGAUAACUUAGCCACAUUUGGUCGAUUCUGCUAUGGACUCAGUAUAAUCACCACCUUCCCUUUGGAGUGCUUUGUGACAAGAGAGGUGGUGUCAAAUGUCUUUUUUAAUGGACUACUUAGCAGCACAGUCCACAUCGUGGUUUCCUUGGUGAUAAUAUUAGUGGUUACAGCAAUAUCCCUCUCAUACGACUGUCUUGGUGUUGUGCUGGAGUUGAAUGGUGUUCUAUGUGCCACGCCUCUGAUCUUCAUCAUUCCCUCUGCCUGUUUCCUGAAACUCUCCAGUGGGCGCUGGUUUCAGAUGAAGAAGCUUAUGCCAACACUUAUUCUCAUUGCUGGAGUUUUUGUUAUGACCAUCGGUUUGAUUAUGACGGGACUGUCUCCUCAGGACUGUUCACAUGGAGUGGAGAUGUUUUACUGCACAGACUUGAACUCUUCUGCUUCACUAACUAUGACUCCAGCUAGUAGUGUGCUUUCGAUUAUAAAUUCUACUAGGAACAUUAGCAUUUUCUAAUUUUAAAUAGGACUUUGAAGUGCUAUUUUGAAUAUUCUGUAUCUUUGUUUUCAUGAUUUUCAUGCCAUAGUAGACCUACUUUGUGACAAUGUUGUGAGUUCACCAGUGACAAGUCUUCUACUAUGUUUGUUAAUGUUGUUUUUCCUUAAACCUUGUGCGAAUAUUUAAUUUAAAUUCAGAAGGAAGAUAAUCGCACAGCUUUUGCUUUUUGCAGUUGCAUCACAAAAAUUACAAUAAAAUAAAAAUUUGCAUCCUG